UGGAUAGUACACUUACAUCAGGAAGCAAAAGCGGCUAGUGGAAUCGAAAUUGAACAGGAAAGCCAGCAGCGCCACCACGAAUGCUUUGAUCUUUGCUUGUUUAAACAAAAUUAACCAUUUUAAUUACUGCGGAAAAAUUUCAAGCGAAAUUUUUUUCGUCAGUCUUCGUUCUCUAGUCAGCUGGCUUUGAGAUAGUUGAGCGAGAGCGAGCACUACGUUGGGCGAGCGGAGCCGAGUUGACCUUUUUCCUUUGCCUGCGUCUCAACCUCCUUUCUAAAAGGGGACAAAUGUUCUUCUAACUACACAAACAAAAAAAUAAAUAGCAUAUUUAUUUGCUACAUAUUUUUGUCGCUCUUGGACUGUGAUGCCCUAAAUAAACCAAAAUGGAUGAAUCUCUUCAAUCAGACAUUUGUCGAGUUUGUCGGUGUGAAGGAACACCCGACAGACCAUUAUUUCAUCCAUGUAUUUGUACAGGAAGUAUAAAAUUCAUUCAUCAAGAAUGUUUAGUCCAAUGGUUACGUUAUUCUAGAAAAGAAUAUUGUGAGCUGUGCACACAUAGAUUUUCCUUCACUCCAAUUUACUCUCCUGACAUGCCUAAAAGACUGCCUCUUAAAGACAUACUUUCUGGUCUGGUCUCCAGCCUUGCUAGGGCCAUUAGAUUUUGGCUCCAUUAUACACUUGUUGCCAUGGCUUGGCUGGGUAUUGUUCCUUUGACAGCCUGCAGAAUCUAUCGCUGUCUCUUUACUGGAUCUGUCUCUUCUGUUUUGACUCUUCCAUUGGAUAUGCUAUCAUCCGAACAUGUGGCCACAGAUAUUUUGCAUGGCUGUGUGGUAGUGUUAUGCACCUUGUGCGCUUUUAUUGGAUUGGUAUGGCUGCGUGAGCAGAUUCUUCAUGGUGGAGGACCUGAUUGGUUAGAACAAGAUAUUCAAAAUGAGGAACAUGUUGAAAUGGAACAGCCAGCUGAAGCUCCUGGGGUUGAUGCAGAUGUUCCGGUACAGAAUAACGCUCGGGCAGAUGUAAAUGUUGAAGGCGUUGGGGAAGCCAAUGUUCCAGCUCCUAAUAAUGUAGGCCAACAAGGGCAGGCUCAAGGCCAAGCUCAAGACGAUGUCAACUGGAACUUGAUGGAAUGGGAUAGAGCAGAGGAGCUGACUUGGGAACGUCUUCUCGGUCUGGAUGGAUCAUUGGUGUUCCUGGAACACGUAUUUUGGGUUGCUUCUCUUAACACACUCUUUAUUCUUGUUUUUGCAUUUUGUCCUUAUCACAUCGGACACUUCACGAUCGUUGGUUUCAAGAUGAAAGAUUGGGUGUCAGCGUGCCACUUUGAGGGGCUGUUGACGACCCUUUGUGGAUAUGUUGUCAUUGGGCUUUUUCUCGUACUUCUCCAUGGCGUCACUUCACUUCUUCGAUUGCGAAGGCCAAAACGGAUUUUAGGGCUUUGUUAUGUUGUCGUAAAAGUCUCGUUGUUAACUGUCGCCGAAAUUGGUGUGUUUCCGAUUGUCUGUGGUUGGUGGCUUGAUAUAUGUAGCCUACCACUUGUUGACGCUACCUUUAAAGAUCGAUUGCAUAACUUUAGUCAAGCUCCGGGAACUUCAAUGUUUCUUCAUUGGCUAGUGGGCAUUCUAUGCGCUUUUUAUUUUGCUUCUUUUGUGUUGCUAUUACGUGAAGUUUUACGACCAGGAGUUUUGUGGUUUUUGCGUAAUCUGAACGAUCCAGACUUUAAUCCAGUACAGGAGAUGAUUCAUCUUCCAAUUGUCCGUCAUUUGAGACAGUUUGCUGCUUCUCUAGUGAUAUUCGGCACAAUCGUGUUUUUGAUGCUUUGGGUUCCCAUACGAAUUUUGCAGAAGGGCAUGCCAAAUUUCUUGCCCUAUUAUAUUGUCAAUUCGACGGACACCCAAGUGUCGGAAUAUUCGUUGGAGUUGCUGUUGUUGCAGGUUAUUAUGCCUUGCCUGUUGGAGCAAAACCAUGCUCGUCAAUGGUUACUUUACGGGUUGAGAAUGUGGUGUUUAGCUGUCUCCUGGCUGUUGGGCUUACGCUCUUACUUGUUGGGAGACGUAUCUAGCUCAAGCGAGUCGGGAGAAGGACAACCCCAUCACAACAACCAAGGAGUAGUAAUUGGUGAGAAUGGUGAAGAAGAAGAAGAAGAUGAUGACAAUGAGCAAAAUGAUGUUCAACAUCACCAAAUGGAUCAACCUAACGCACCAGCAGAACCUGUUGCUGCACCUCCUGCUCAAGAAGAAAACAUUCUCCUUGGAGGAAUACCUUUUCGUAAUGGAGGAUUAGGAGCUGCUCAUCAAGCGCUUUUGCAACGUGAAGGUCCCGCAGGAUACGUUCCCUAUUUACGACCACGGGUCUUUUUUAUUAGGAUCAUCCUUCUCCUUUUCAUCAUGUGCAUUAGCUUGUCUGUUGCGAGCACAAUUUUCCUCACGCUUCCUGUUUGGAUCGGUCGAUUUUUAAUGGAAACGUUUUAUGGAGCUGGUCCUCAUCAUGAAUUAUAUACGGCAUUCGCCGGACUAUAUUUUUGCUGGCUAGUACUUCGUGGGAUUCACGUGUUUUCUCAUUUGGUUCCACGAGGAUGGUCAAACGUGUUUGUUCGAAUCAAAUCCUAUACCAUUUUGGUAUUGAAGUGUACUGUGGCAUUUUCUCUACUGCUUGGCGUUAUUCCCUUACUCUUCGGGCUUCUACUAGAUCUCGUUGUCGUAGUUCCUCUACGCGUUGCUGUCAACCAAUCGCCAAUUUUUUCGCUUUCUCAAGAUUGGAGUCUUGGAGUUCUAUAUACCAAAAUAGUUUGCGGGCUGACAAUGAUGUCACCGGAUUGGUGGUUGAAACAUUCGUUAGAAAAGUUAUACCAGGACGGAAUUCGCCGAAUGAACUUGACCUUUGUUCUCUGCGAACUUGCCAUCCCUGCUAUAGUAACUCUUGGUUUGGCGUUAGCCCUUCCAUACGUCGUAGCUCAUUCGAUCGUUCCAUUUUUUGUUCCAAGUCGACAACUUAGAGCUCUUAUCGCUCGAAGAGUAUAUCCGUCAUUUCUGGUCGUUAUUCUUUUGAUGGUAUUCUCAGUCUGGCAGUUGAAACAGUUUAAACGGCUGUAUGAACACAUAAAAAAUGACAAGUAUUUGGUGGGGCGCCGACUUGUCAACUACAAUCACAGGAUCGACAGGAAUGAAAAUGCCCAGACGACAUGAUGAUCAUUUGCGGAGUUGAAAAUAAACAUGGCGAUCGUGUUGUAUGAACUAUGUACAUUAAAAUUUCCUUUUGCUGUUUGAACCUUUCAACUUUCAUCAUUAUAAAUAAAAAUGUGUAUUGAAAAUAAAUAGGGAGUGACAUCUUU